CCGCGCCGGGUGCAGGAUGGCGGCAGCGGCAGCUGCGGUGGGUGUUAGACUCCGGGACUGCUGCAGCCGGAGCGCUGUGCUUUUGCUCUUCUUCUCCUUGUCCCCUCGGCCUCCGGCUGCCGCCGCCUGGCUGCUGGGCCUAAGGCCCGAGGACACCGCUGGAGGCCGCGUGUCCCUGGAAGGGGGCACCCUACGCGCGGCAGAAGGCACCAGUUUCCUCCUGCGCGUCUAUUUCCAACCCGGGCCCUCGGCGCCCGCGGCACCGGUGCCCGCACCCACCCUUUCCCCGGGGCAGAAUGACACCGGAGACUGGUCUCCCCGGCUCGUGUUUAUCGAGGAGCCCCCGGGCGGGAGCAGCUUGGCGCCCAGCGCUGUGCCCACGCGCCCACCAGGGCCUCAGCGUUGCCGCGAGCAGAGCGACUGGGCGUCCGACGUGGAGGUCCUCGGGCCCCUGCGCCCCGGAGGCGUGGCGGGCUCGGCUCUAGUCCAGGUGCGAGUGCGGGAGCUGCGCAAGGGCGAGGCAGAGCGGGGCGGUGCGGGCGGUGGCGGGAAGCUCUUCUCCCUGUGCGCCUGGGACGGGCGCGCCUGGCACCACCACGGCGCUGCCGGCGGCUUCCUGCUGCGCGUCCGACCGCGGGUGUACGGCCUGGGUGGGGGCCUGCUGCCCCCCGCGUGGCUGCGGGCGCUCGGAGCGCUCCUGUUGCUCGCCCUGUCUGCCCUGUUCAGCGGCUUGCGCCUGAGCCUGCUCUCGCUGGACCCGGUGGAGUUACGGGUGCUGCGGAACAGCGGCUCGGCUGCCGAGCAGGAGCAGGCGCGCCGCGUGCAGGCGGUGCGCGGCAGGGGAACCCAUCUGCUCUGCACGCUGCUCCUGGGCCAAGCUGGAGCCAACGCGGCCCUGGCCGGCUGGCUGUACACCUCGCUGCCGCCGGGCGUCGGGGAUCAGGGGGAAGAGUACAGCGAGGCGGGGAUUCAUUUCCCGUGGCUGCCGGCGCUCGUGUGCACCGGCGCCGUGUUCCUGGGCGCGGAGAUCUGCCCCUAUUCGGUGUGUUCGCGGCACGGGCUGGCCAUCGCCUCGCAUAGCGUGUGCCUGACCCGACUCCUGAUGGCUGCCGCUUUCCCUGUGUGUUACCCACUGGGUCGCCUGCUAGACUGGGCGCUGCGCCAGGAGAUCAGCACUUUCUACACAAGGGAAAAGCUGCUGGAGACUUUGCGGGCCGCGGACCCCUACAACGACCUGGUGAAGGAGGAGCUCAACAUCAUCCAGGGCGCCCUGGAGCUUCGCACCAAAGUGGUGGAGGAAGUGCUAACCCCCCUUGGAGAUUGCUUCAUGCUACGCUCGGAUGCCGUGCUGGACUUUGCCACGGUCUCCGAGAUCCUGCGCAGUGGCUACACUCGCAUCCCGGUGUACGAGGGCGACCAGCGGCACAACAUUGUGGACAUUCUCUUUGUCAAGGACUUGGCUUUCGUGGACCCUGACGACUGCACCCCACUCCUCACUGUCACCCGCUUCUACAACCGGCCACUGCACUGCGUCUUCAAUGAUACUCGGCUGGACACCGUGCUGGAGGAGUUUAAGAAGGGAAAAUCUCACUUGGCCAUUGUCCAACGGGUGAAUAAUGAGGGAGAAGGGGACCCUUUCUAUGAGGUGAUGGGCAUUGUCACACUGGAAGACAUCAUAGAGGAGAUCAUCAAGUCAGAGAUCUUGGAUGAAACUGACCUCUAUACUGACAAUCGGAAAAAGCAGAGGGUGCCACACCGGGAGAGGAAACGGCAUGACUUCUCCUUGUUUAAACUUUCCGACUCGGAGAUGAGGGUGAAGAUCUCCCCCCAGCUUCUGCUGGCCACACACCGCUUCAUGGCCACAGAAGUGGAGCCCUUUAAGUCUCUGUACCUUUCGGAGAAAAUCCUACUCCGGCUCCUGAAACAUCCCAACGUGAUCCAGGAGCUGAAGUUUGAUGAGAAGAACAAGAAAGCCCCGGAACACUACCUCUACCAGCGCAACCGCCCCGUGGACUAUUUUGUGCUGCUUCUCCAGGGGAAAGUGGAGGUGGAAGUUGGUAAGGAAGGCCUUCGCUUCGAGAAUGGAGCCUUCACCUACUAUGGUGUCCCAGCCAUCAUGACCGCUUCUUGCUCAGAUAAUGAUGUGCGGAAGGUGGGAAGUCUGGCUGGAUCGUCUGUCUUUCUGCCCGUCUCUGUGUCUCAUACCUUCGCCUUCAGCAGAGGGGACUCUCUGGCAGGCUCCCCAGUAAACCGCUCCCCUUCUCGCUGCAGCGGGUUGAACCGCUCUGAGUCUCCCAACCGUGAGCGCAGUGACUUCGGGGGGAGCAACACCCAGCUGUGCAGUAGCAACAACAACCUCUACACUCCUGACUACUCAGUUCACAUCCUUAGCGACGUGCAGUUUGUGAAGAUCACACGGCAGCAGUACCAGAACGCGCUCACCGCCUGCCACAUGGACAGCUCACCCCAGUCCCCCGACAUGGAGGCCUUCACUGAUGGAGACUCCACGAAGGCCCCCACGAUCCGGGGCACACCCCAAACCCCCAAGGAUGACCCUGCUGUCACCCCCCUGAACAACAGGAACAGCCUGCCAUGCAGCCACUCAGAUGGGCUGAGAAGCCCCGGCGAGGUCGUGUACCUGAGGAUGGAGGAGAUGGCCUUCACCCAGGAGGAUGUGACAGACUUCGAGGAGCAGAGCACAGAGCAGCUCUCGCUGUCUCCUGCAGCUGUUCCUGCAAGAGCAGCAUCAGAUAGUGAAUGUUGUAAUAUCAUCCUGGAUACAGAGACCAGCCCCUGCAGUAGUGACUUUGAGGAAACCAUUGGCAAGAAGCUGCUGAGAACCUUGAGUGGUCGAAAAGGAAAGAGGUCACCUGAUGGAGAGCAAGCCUCUGAGGAGAACUCCAAUUUAACACCUCUGAUCACAUGAUGGGGGCAGACAUCGUUUUCUGAGUGCGUGAGAUUCCAGAGCUUUGAGGGAGA